CGCUCUGACUUUUGGUGCGAUAAGCGGACGAGCCGAGUGUGGGUCUUUCAGAACCGGAAGAGAAAUAGAGGAGCGAUUGGGAUAUCCGCUUCCGCCCGCUGCAGAGUGGCCCACAACACAUAAGAGCCCGCACAGUUGGUUGUAAAGUCUGUGAAUGGAGACACACUGUAAACAUAGAACUAUCUUCCUAUCUUAACUAAGGAACGCUACGGGCCUAUGCAAAAGAGAUUUAUCAGUGAUCCCUGGCCAUGUCUGAAGGUUGGGAAGACUGGCCCUUGUUGGGCCCCGGGUGGAAACGCAGGAUAUCGGUCAGAAAAUCGGGUGCAUCCUGUGGUCACAUAGACAUCUAUUAUAGAAGCCCCACGGGGGAGCAGAUGCGUAGUAAGAUUGAGCUGGCCAAGUACUUGGGUUCCUCUGUGGACUUGUCCCUCUUUGACUUCAGGAAUGGGGUGAUUGUAGAUAAAGGUCAUUGUUCCCCCAAGAAAAAGAAAGGCUCCCAGAGGAAGAGCCUUCCUGCUGAUGGCACUGUGACGCUGCCACACAAAAUGCCCCGUCUCUCCUUGCCUAUGCCGGCCCUCGAAGAGAGUGAACAGAAUGGCACCGCUGAAAAAUCUGUUGUGCGCUGCCAUGGCUGCAAAGUGUGGUUUGCGGGAGUGGAAUUCGGAAAGUCCAAAAUCAACAAAUGGCACUGUGCUGAUUGUAGAGCUUCCAGACGAGCUUUCAACAAAGAGCAAAAGGUUUAUAAGGUGGGUCUGCUCCCCGCACUUCAUGGCUCAUGGCAGAAUGCAGGUUGUGGCACAUGUGAUGCCUGUAAGGUGACUGAAAACUGUGGUCAUUGCACUAUUUGUCUCCUGCGUUCCCACGACCCAGAAUUUGGCAGUUCCUGGAAGUGUGUCAGGAGGCGGUGCCUGCGUGUUCUCCGCAAGAGCGACGACUGUGGCAUGUGCCAAGGCUGCUGUAGGGAGGAUGACUGCGAAGGCUGCUCCGUCUGUCUAGAUAAGAUGCACAAUCCUGACAUUGACAUCAAAGAGAAGUGUCUGCUGCGCCGCUGUAUGAACAAGUUGUUUUAUUCCUUUCAGAAGUUGGUGCAUUGUUCUCCUGACUAUAAGAACAACGACACAAAGAAGCUGCUCAUUAAGAAACCCACUUUCAUCAAACAGAAGAAGAAGAAGAAGACAGAUCGGAAAGGACAGCUGCUUUCAAGCCGCCGUCAAAACCGGAAGUGCGGUGAAUGUGAGUCCUGCCUUCAGAAGGAUGACUGUGGCAAGUGCGACUUCUGUCAGGACAAGCCCAAAUUCGGUGGUCGCAACCUUAAACGGCAAAAGUGUCGCUGGCGCCAGUGCCUGCGAUUUGCCAUGGAAAAGAACAUCCCAGCAUUCCAUAGAUCAUCCAAUAACCCGGUCAUUAUAGAGAGGAUGAAGCAGGAGGCGGUUGCUGCGGAAUAUGAGAAAGUAGAGGUUCAGCAGAACCAAGAUACUCUACUCAUUGUAUCUCCACUCAGGGAAACCUUCAUUAAAGUGGAACAGAUAAACGGGCAGCACUGCUCUAGCGAUGAGAGGAACAGCAGUCACAUGAAAAAUGAGACUUCCAGGCUGAUAAAGGAGGAGACCGCGGAGAGGGAUGUCCCGCACACAGAAGAGAUCACCCCAUUGGACCUGAACCGGUCAAUCAAGACAGAGGAGUUCAUCACAGAGACAGACGACAUUGAAGAAGCAGAUGACAGCACGCCUGUGAUCAUGGAGAUUUUUAGCCUGAGCUCGUAUCACACAACGGGAGACUUGGACAAAGUUUUACAGGAAUUCAUGGGGGAGCUGAAUGAGAUGCCACUGCCAGCUCACUGGGAAGUACUGGCCCAUACAGGCCCCAAUCUUCAGCUGGUGCAGCGCUCCAGACUUUCCACUAUGGCUGACACUGUUAUUUACAUCCAGCCUGGACUCCUCUUUCAUGUGAUAGUGAAGGGUCACCCUGUUCCUUCUUCCCACGAACUGUACAAUAAUCACCCCACCCGUCUCACCACUGUGGAUGAUGUUGUGGAGCUAAUCUGUGAUCUGGAGGCACAUCAGCAGUGUGUUGGGCUCUUAAAGCCUAGGCACAGGUCUUCUGAGUGCCGCGUGCUGGUGACGUGUGGAGGGAAAUGCGAAGAAUGUUGCAAAAUGCCCUGGCUGGCGGGAAGCAACCAAUAGACAUAGGGAGGCUGGUUGAGCCGUAGCUCAGGGACAAAGGCACGAUGUGGGGCUUCUUAUGGUAAAGGACUCGGUGGGAUAUAGACCUGUGAAUUAGGGAUCAGAGGAGCUAACAGAAACCAAUGCCUUCAGUAUGAACACAAGUUCAGGACACAAAUUUAUUUUCCCUACACUGGAAGAAACUGAGGCUGGACCGCAGGUAUAUAGUCAUUAUCAUACCGAAUCUUUCCUGGUCUGGAGUCGGUUUAGCGCUUUUCUUUUUAACCUUUCUUUUACUGACCGUCCGUAUCGUCUGGCUUGACAGUCUUCCACACUCAGCCUGUUCUGGGUUUAGUGCCUACUGUUUGGUUCUCUUCUCCUAUUGGCUCUCUGCAGAGAGUUGCUGCUUUUAUAAAUAACGGAGAAUGCCAUUUGCAUUGAUGUAACUGCAUUAUAUUUCAGUACAGUAGAGUCCUCUUCUGCCAUGUCAGGGUGCUUCAUCUUUUAACAUCUACCACUUUUUUCCAGUUUCAUACAAUAAACCUUUGCAAUUUCAUUUAUUUCAGUGUUGUCUUGUAGCAGAUUGUAUCCACUCUGGAGCCUCUAACCGCCAGUGAUAUAACUGCAUGGACAGGGCUACUUGUCCCCUACAUUCACAUAUGGGCUGGAAAGCUCCGCCCUCUCCAGCGGAACCUUUUACAUUGUUCUUUUUUUAAUAUAUAUUCUUGUAAAAGUAUAGUUUGUAAUAAUGUUCAGCGCAGCCAUGAUUGUUUUCAUGACUCCAAAGAUGUCAAUAAAGUGGCACCACAAUUA